UCAAGAUGGCGGAUUGUGAUCAGAUGGGAAGAAGUACACACAGCAUGGAUAAAAGCAUUACCCUCCCACCUGACGAGAUCUUUCGGAACUUGGAGAAUGCCAAGAGGUUCGCAAUAGAUAUAGGAGGUUCAUUGACAAAACUUGCUUACUAUUCCACUGUUCAGCACAAGGUAGCCAAAGUCCGGUCAUUCGACCACUCUGUAAAGGAGACGGAUGAUGACCCACUCUACGAGAUCUCGGUGCAGGAGGAGAUCUUCGCCCGUCUGCACUUCAUCAAGUUUGAGAAUGCCUACAUUGAGACCUGCCUAGACUUCAUCAAGGACCACCUGGUCAACACCGAAACCAAAGUGAUCAAAGCCACAGGCGGUGGCGCGCACAAGUUCAAGGACCUGAUUGAGAAGAAGCUGAAGCUCAAAGUGGACAAGGAGGAUGAGAUGACCUGCCUGAUUAAAGGCUGUAACUUUGUGCUGAGGAACAUUCCCCAUGAAGCCUUCGUGUACGUCAAACACGCAGACUCAGAGUUCCGCUUCCAGAACACGCAUCCUGACAUCUUCCCCUACCUCCUGGUCAACAUCGGCUCUGGAGUGUCCAUUGUCAAGGUUGAAUCAGAAGACAAAUUUGAACGCAUUGGUGGAAGCUCCAUUGGGGGUGGCACAUUUUGGGGACUGGGAGCAUUGCUCACCAAAACCAGGAGAUUUGACGAGCUCCUUCAGUUAGCAUCCAGGGGGCAGCACACAAAUGUGGACAUGCUGGUCAAAGACAUAUACGGGGGGUCCUAUGGCUCGCUGGGCUUGACUGGUGAUCUCAUAGCCAGUAGCUUUGGAAAGUCAGCCACUGCAGACAAAGAGUUUUCCAAAGAGGACAUGGCCAAGAGCCUCCUGCAUAUGAUCAGUAAUGACAUCGGCCAGCUGGCCUGCCUCUAUGCCCGGCUGCAUAACCUGAGCAGGGUCUACUUCGGUGGCUUCUUCAUCCGCGGCCACCCUGUCACCAUGCACACCAUCACCUACAGCAUCAACUUUUUCACCAAGGGCGAGGUGCAGGCUCUCUUCCUCAGACACGAAGGAUAUCUCGGAGCUAUUGGGGCCUUCCUGAAGGGAGCAGAGGAGGACAACCCUAACCAGUACAGCUGGGGGGAGAACUACGCUGGCAGCUCUGGUCUAAUGAGUGUUUCCCCAGAGCUGAAUCCCAUGCAGCGUGCACGCAGCGGGACGUUUCCUUUUGACAUGCUGGAGAUGGACCGGCUGGAGCGGAAGCUGGUCAACCUGCCGCUCCUGCAGGACCCCUCCUCUUACAUCCCAGACACGGUGGACCUGACCGAGGACGCCCUCGCCCGGGAGUACUGGCUCUACUGCUUUGAAGAGGCGCUGGACGGGGUGGUGAAGCGGGCAGUGGCCAGCCAGCCAGACCUCCCCCAGGCUGCUGAGCGGGCUGAGAAGUUCCGGCAGAAGUACAGGCACAAGCUUCAGACCCUGCGGCACCAGCCUUUCGCCUAUGGCUCCCUGACGGUCAGGAGUUUGUUAGACACGAGGGAACACUGUCUGAACGAGUUCAACUUUCCUGACCCUUACUCUAAGAUCAAACAGAGGGAGAAUGACAUGGCCCUGAAGUACUUCCAGAAGGUGGUGAAGUCUCUGGAGAAGCUGAGCUGGGAGCAGAGGCAGUUUGCCCUGAUCAAGGGGCUCCUGGCUGGGAACGUGUUUGACUGGGGAGCCAAAGCUGUCUCUGACGUUCUAGAAUCUGACCCAGAAUUUGGAUUUGAAGAGGCAAAACGUCAAUUACAAGAGCGCCCGUGGCUUGUGGACUGCUUUGACCAGUGGAUUGAAAGAUUAAAGGGGCCUCCUCACAAAUGUGCCUUAUUUUUCGUAGAUAAUAGUGGGAUAGACAUCAUUCUGGGAGUCUUCCCAUUUGUUAGAGAGCUUCUCUGCAGGGGAACCGAGGUUGUGUUGGCCAGCAACUCUGGCCCAGCACUGAAUGAUGUCACAAAUGGCGAGCUGCAGAUAUUGACAGAAAGAAUCGCUGCCAUGGAUAUGAUCAUUCAGAGUGGGAUCAAGGAGGACAGGUUGAUCCUUGUCCAGAGUGGCUCCAGUUCCCCAUGUUUAGACCUGAGCCGCCUGGACAAAGUGCUGGCCACCGUGGUGCGCGAGCGACACACAGACCUGGUGAUCAUCGAGGGCAUGGGCCGAGCCAUCCACACCAACUACUACGCCACGCUGAGCUGCGAGAGCCUCAAGCUGGCCGUCAUCAAGAACUCCUGGCUGGCCGAGAGGCUCGGGGGCAAGAUCUUCAGCGUGGUCUUCAAGUUCGAGCAGCCGGGCAAGAGCCAGGGCGGGCACCAGUGACAAAGGUGUAGGCAGACCAUGGGCUGUAUGUUCGGAGGGUAGUGAGCGGGUGCAAGCGGUGGACCCCCUUGUAAUUACUGUCUUUACUGUCUCUAAUUCCUUUUUUUUUUAAAUUGGCAAAUUGCACUUGCAGUUGGCAAGAGUGUGUGGGGGGGUGGUGUUGAUAAUCAGUAUGGUUUCAUUAAUGGGGGGGUUGGCCUCAACUGGUAAUGAAUGUGCUUUCAAUCAAUUGGUCCUCAGAUGACAGUUCAUUAUUGUAUUAAUGCAGGUUUUUAACGUUUUAUUUUGUGCUGAGAUGGCCGAAUGAUUUUUUUUUUCAGGGUGGGGACAGGUUCAGUGUUACUGGAUGGAACAAGUCUUGACAGUAUUUUUUUUCGCGGUAUCCCGCUGGCCAGACGGCUGCAGAGUCUCUGCUGAAGCUCAGCCUCCUGACGCUAAUCCUCGUUGCGGUAGCGCUGCCGGGCAAGGAGGGAGCGCGCGGCUGGCCUCACUAGAUAAUCACCUUCGGUAGACAGUGUGCAAAUGCAGGGUGACACGGUGUGUAACAUCUCAGCCACAACCUCGAGACUUCAACAGGAAAACUGCCUCACAAUGCGCAUGCUCUGCAGGUUUUCCUCUGAGGGAAUUCCGCAGGCGUUUUUAAAAAAAAAUUCGUUUUGAUCUAGAGUUGGUUUGUUUGUUUCUGAAAUUUGAGGUUACCGGUACCACUUUUUUACUUGUUUGUGGCUUUUAUUUGCAUGGCCUCUGUUCACAGGUCAUGGGUGAUAGCUUCUUCUUCGAAUGAUGUGUUCAGUGUUUAUUUCAUCAUGAAGUAUUAAGUGGUGCAGGUAGAAUUGUAAUGAAAAUAAAUGUUAAUGUUUGAACACGUUCAUCUAAGUAUCCUCAAAAGCUAACCAACCCCAUCCGUAUUUGGGAUAAUUCAUUCAUGAUCACCGCACCAACCCGCCAUCCAUCACUGAUGGGUUUCAGGGAAGUAGUUGGUAUUCAGUAGAAAUGGAAACUGUUUAUAACAUCAAGAUUAGAGGUUGCUAUUCUAAAUUUCCAUCAGUGUUUUAAUGACAAUUGAAUACUUCAGCAUGUCUGUUGGUAUUUUAAUUGUUACAAUUG